UUGCGUUUCAUUUUGUCAAGCGCGCUUCUCAAUUCUCACCGGUCAGCACCCAAAAACCCCGAUGAGAAGAACCCUGUUGAAGCCUCCUUAUCCCUUCUCUCUAUCCCGUCUCCAAUCUCCACUUCUGUCUAGUCCCUACAGAAAUGUUGAGUCACCGCCAAACCCUCCCAAACCGUUAUCCAACUCAAUCUCCAUUUCCUCCAGGUUCAUAUUCACUCCGAGUUAUCUUCCUCCUCCCGAGUGGAUAGAGCCCUUCUUUAAUGUCUCUGGUUUAGCCUCAACAUUUCCUCAAGACUUGCAGCCAUCUCCUUGGGUAAGCAAAAUUGUCAAUCUUUUAGAUGGUUGUUCUAACAUGGAAUCAAAUUUAGACUCGUUUUGCCACAAGUUCUUGAUCCAGUUGUCUCCAAAUUUUGUUGCUUUUGUUUUGGCAUCUGCUGAGGUUCAAAACAAACCUGAUGUUGCUUUGAGGUUCUUUGCAUGGGCUGCUAAGCAAAAGAAAUAUACCCAUAAGCUGGAAUGUUAUGUUUCUAUGAUAAAUGUUUUAGCUUUAGCCAAUGAUUUGGUAAAAGUAAGAUUCUUAUUUGGUCAACUUAAAGAAAUGGGGAUUGUAAUGACAAUGUCGUCAGCAAAUUCUUUGAUUAAGAACUUUGUGGGUCUUGGGAUGGUAGAGGAGUUGUUGUGGGUGUGGCGAAGAAUGAAAGAGAAUGAGAUUGAACCUAGUUUAUAUACUUUUAACCUUUUACUUAAUGGAUUGGUGAAUUCUAUGUUUAUUGAAUCUGCGGAGCAGGUUUUCAAGGUUAUGGAGAACAGUAAAAUUAGGCCAGAUGUUGUGAGUUAUAAUACCAUGAUUAAAGGGUAUUGUAAGGCAGGAAAAACCUAUAAAGCAAUGGAAAAGAUACGAGCUAUGGAGACAAUAAACUUGGAGCCGGAUAAGAUUACUUAUAUGACAUUGAUGCAGGCAUGCUAUUCAGAGGGGAAUUUUGAUUCUUGUUUGGGUUUGUAUCAUGAAAUGGUGGAGAAGAGAUGUGAAGUUCCGCCUCAUGCUUAUAGUUUGAUUAUUGGAGGACUUUGUAAAGACGGGAAAUGUAUUGAAGGAUAUGCUGUUUUUGAGAAUAUGAUUCGGAGUGGGUUUAAAGCAAAUGUGGUGAUUUAUACAACUGUGAUAGAUGCAUUUGCAAAAUGUGGAAGGAUGGAAGAUGCAUUAAAGCUAUUUCAGACGAUGAAAACUGAUGGGCUUGAACCAGAUGAGGUUUCAUAUGGGGCCAUUGUUAAUGGGUUGUGUAAGAGUGGAAGAUUAGAUGAGGCCAUGGAGUAUCUCAGGUUUUGUAGAGCUAAUGAAGUGGCAAUUAAUGCCAUGUUUUAUUCUAGUCUAAUUGAUGGGUUGGGCAAGGCUGGUAGAGUGGAUGAAGCUCAGAAACUUUUUGAAGAGAUGGUUGAGAAAGAUUGCCCAAGGGAUUCAUAUUGUUACAAUGCCCUUAUUGAUGCCCUUGCAAAGUGUGGGAGGGUCAAUGAUGCAUUAACACUCUUUAAUAGGAUGGAGGAUGAAGGAUGUGAUCAGACAGUUUAUACAUACACAAUACUCAUAAGUGGACUGUUCAGGGAGCAUAAAAAUGAAGAGGCAAUGAAGCUUUGGGAUAUGAUGAUUGAUAAAGGUAUCACACCAACUGCAGCUUCUUUUAGGGCUCUCUCAAUUGGGCUUUGUCUAUCAGGUAAGGUAACCAGGGCCUGCAAGAUUUUGGAUGAUCUAGCACCAAUGGGUGUUAUUCCUGAGACAGCUUUUGAAGAUAUGAUCCAUGUGCUGUGCAAAGCAGGCCGUAUCAAGGAGGCCUGCAAGUUGGCUGAUGGUAUUGUUGAUAGGGGUAGAGAAAUACCUGGAAGAAUUCGAACUAUCCUAAUCAAUGCCUUGAGAAAAGCAGGCAAUGCAGAUUUGGCCAUGAAGUUGAUGCAUAGUAAGAUUGGUAUAGGUUAUGAUAGAAUGGGCAGCAUUAAGAGGCGAGUGAAAUUCCGGAUUCUUGUUGAAAUUUGAGUAAGCGCUUUGCCUUUGUUUCUUAUUGUAUAACACAAAGGUGGUCUCGUUUUAUUAUCUAAA